AUGGCGGACGCUUUAGUGGCGAACAUCUUCGGCGAUUCCUCGGACGACUCGGACGACGAGCCUUUAGAGAAGACCAUUAGAACCACCACGACCGGCGAAGAAUUAGACAAAAACGACGGCGAUCGAAAAUUAGACAAAAACGAAUUUGAACAAGGUGAAGACAAAGAAGAUGAAAGAGAAGAGCAAAAGGAGAUGAAAACUUCAGAGAAAGACGAAGCAGUCGCGGUGAAAAAGAAGAAAGCGACGAACGAAUCUGUUUUAGAUGAAUACGCCGGAGAGGACAAAGAAGAAGCGACGACUGAAGGAGAAAAAGAGGAAAGAAAAGGCGAACCGAUGCGACUGAUCGCCGCUUUGAACGAAGAAGAAGAAGACAAAGACAAAGAUGAAGAAGAAGACUCUACAAAAGAAAUCUACUUAAACCCGAUCGUUUCUAAAGCGACGAACAUUUUUGACGUGAACGCGAAGAAAUUCGACGAAAACACGUUCCAAGAAGAAGAGGACAAAACUAUCGUGGAUGAAUUUGGCCGAUCCCGAUUAAAAGCGAAAGAAGGGAACGUCGCGAGGUGGACGAGAGACGAGAGGACGAAUGAGUUAAAAUCGAACGCGAAGUUUGUGGAAUGGUCGGAUGGAUCGAGAACGUUACACUUAGGAGAGGAGGUUUUCAACGUGAUGGAAAGCGCGGUAUCGAGUAAGCAAGGUUUGAAUCAAUACGUCUUUGCGAGACAUCAAGGUUUGAUGGAAGGGAAGGCGAAGAUUAGCAAACGGAUGCAGUUUCGACCGGCGACGACGGAUUCGCACACGCACAAGAGAUUACGAGACGCGAUCGAGAAGAAGCACGGGGCGAGAGCGAAAGGGACCAUACGGUUCGUGUCGAACGUCGAUCCGGAAAAGGAGAAGGACGCGUCGGAUCGAUUGUUCGAACAGAGAGCGAGGGAAGAGGCGCAGUUGCAACGAAAACGGAAGAAAAUGAUGAGCGAAGAUAUACGAUCGCGAGCAGAUGGUGGCGACGGCGUAAUGCGGAGGGAUGGUGGGAAAGACGGACGAUACGGGGGUGGUAACCGAAGUAUUCGUGGGGUGGCGAACGAGUUGUACUACGACGAACGCUCGAGAAGAGAAGCCGAGUUGGACGCGGCGUUUUUGGAAGAAGGCGCGGAGGACGAACUCGAAGAGAACGACGACUUCAUCGUCCCAGAUGAUAACGACGACGAGGACGAAAGCGACGAGGAGACAAACAAGGAGGCGGACACGGAGGCUGGUGAUCGUAGAAAACGAGUUUUGGUCGAUAGCGACGAGGAAGAAUGA